AUGGCUGCCUACCCAGAAAAUUAUUCUGAGUUAUCAGAUGACUUCUCCUCUGGGGAAGAGGCGACUGAUUUCACCCCGGCGCUCAGACCGACACUUGCCAAUCAGACAGCGGAUACCUCUCCGGUGACCACGGCGGUCCUGAAGUCGCUCCUUGCAGACCUCCAAAAAAAACCACAACAACCCGGAAUGGAACUGUGA